GCCAGGGCAACUGUUGUUCAUUAAAGGCAUCAUCUCCUGGGGGCGGCGCGUUUGGGUCCGUGUCACCCACCCAGAGAUACCUCCUCACUGCCAGAGAGGAACCUGAGGGAGCUGAAGUGAGGAGGAUUGACAGGGAGAAGAAAUCUCUCAAUCAUCAUCGUCAUCAUGAGGAAGAUCACCGGCAAACACUUGUUGUGCUUCUUCCUGCUCGCCUUCCCGCUGUCCUGGGCAGAGGACACAAAGAAAGAUGCGAGGAAGACUGAGAAUGAUGAGCACAUUCAAGCUGUUUGGAGCCAAGUGAAGACCAGAAGGCUGUUUGCGAGGCGAAAGAUUUCUCCACCACAGGAAAGUCACAUUCCUAAACACAAGUCCAACCUUAUGACCCCUGCUCGUCGCUGCGGCCGCCUGAUGGAAAGCUGCUCCUCUCACAUGCCGUGCUGCGACCCCUGCGCCUCUUGCCGCUGUCGCCUCUUCAACACCAUCUGCCACUGCUGGAGGAUGAACCCGCUGUGCUUAAAGAGGACAUAGACGAAGCACAAACAUACAUGUGCAGACAC